AUGGACCUCUUGGCCUGGCGCCGAGCAGCCUUCGGGGACUCAGGCCCCGGUGAUUGGACGGCAGUGGCCAAGUACUUCGGCUUGGCAGAAGACAGGCCGCGGGGCAGCUAUCGGGGUGUGAUUCGCCUCUGGUGGCGUGACUUGGUCCUUUUCCUUGUCGUGGAUGCCACGUCUCCGCUGCUGGACGCCGUCGAGCGAGUUCACAGCCGCUUUGGAGGCAAGCAAACAUUUCCCAGACUGACAGCGCAGCACUUCCGCGUACAUGGGGCGGACCCGUCGCUCCCACCACACCGGCCCAUUCCGCCUGGAGCCGAUGUUGGACCAGCACCGCUAGGCGAGAGUUGCGCGCGGCACUGCGAAAACCAAGGUCAGGUCUGCGUGGACGCCGACUUGUCCGCCAGGGCCUCGUUCUUGUGCGGUUGCAUCCAGUUUGCUCAGGCAGUCGCGCAGUGCGCCGCUGGCCAAGCGGCAGUGGCCCAAGAUGAAUGGAGUCCGGAAGCGGCCAUGCCCUGCAUCGGCAUCCAUGUGCUCCUCCUCAGUGGCCGGAAGGCCUCCCUCGGAGUGGAUCCGAGUCAGACUGUGCGCUGUUUGGCUGAGCAGGCCCAGUGUGAGCUUGGGGUUGGAAUCCGAGCUCUCUGCAAGCCCGGCGGAGACGUGCUGAACGGGUCCAGCACCAUCGCAGAGGCUGGCUUGGAAGAUGGCGAGGCCUUGACAGGGGUCGUGCGCUCCGCGACGCUCAUCACCUCGCCACUUUCGAGCAGCAUGGUUUGUGUCCGCGCCGAUGGGGCUGCAGUGAGGUGGGGAAAGACGAGCCUCGUCAAGGUGGGGGGUUUUGCCGAGAGUUGGGCGGCGAUGCUGCCGCAACUGGGAGAUGCGAAGCAGAUCUGCCUCUCCUCUGCUGCUGCUGCCGCCGUCUUGGCCGAUGGGAGGGUGGCAGCUUGGGGGAGCUCGUUUCAAGGAGGUGUCCUGCAAGGGAAGGCGCUGAACCUCGGGUCUGUGUUGCACCUCACAUGCAACACUGGUGCCUUUGCAGCUCUCCGGACCGACGGCACCGUGGUGGCAUGGGGCAUGCCCACAGCCGGGGGGGACGCUCGCGCCGUUGGCCACAUGCUCACAGAAGUGAGGGAUGUGGUCGCCUGCGAUGGGGCCUUUGCUGCCCUGCGGCGCGAUGGCGAGGUGGUGGUGUGGGGGGAGCUGGCACAUGCGGCCGAGAGGCUGCGCCAUCAGCUACGUGACGUUACACGGGUCUUCUCUGGACUCCGCGCCUUCACUGCAUUGCGGCGCGAUGGGUCGGCUGUCUCCUUUGGCAUGGACGAGGAAGGUGAAGAUUGCUUCUGGGCCCUUGAGGCUCAGGGCAUGGACGUGAAGCACGUCGUUUCAAAUGCCUCCGCCUUCGCGGCUCUGUACAGCGAUGGGCGAGUCGUAACCUGGGGCAACAGUGCCAAAGGCGGUGACAGCAGCAAAGUGGAGAAGAAACUCUGCGAGGUCACGGACAUUGUCGCCACAGAGUAUGCCUUUUGUGCAUUGCGCGCAGAUGGCACGGUGGUCACUUGGGGUUGGGAUUCUGCCUCUGCCUCGGACAGUACUGCUGUGCAGCCCUCUCUGAUCGGAGUAUACCGCUUGGCUUCGACUCUUACAUCCUUUGCCGCUUUGAGAAAGGAUGGGCGUGUGGUAACCUGGGGAAGCGCAGACUCUGGGGGUGACAGCUCCUCGGUGAAGGAUCAGCUGUUCGACGUGCAAGAGAUUGCUGGCGGUGGCCUUGCUUUUGCCGCGCUGCGGAGCGAUGGAACGGUCAUCACGUGGGGAGAGCCCGACCAUGGUGGCGACAGCAGCCGUGUCAGGAAGCAGCUACGAGCUGUACAUGAGUGCGUGCCGAAAUGA